GAAAUGGGUGGUCAUCCCGCGCCGUGUCUGUAGCGUAAUGUCCGUAAUCAAAGCUGAGUGAAAAUCUUGAUUAGUACUUAGUGUAAAAUUGGGAAAAUUAGCAAGCUACUACAUCCUACAGUGCUACCACACCCACAAUUAAAAUCCAUGGCGCUGCAAACUGAAUGAAUUAACUUAUUGUGUGUCACGGGUGGCCUGUUGAUGAACAGCGAUGUGUGAAUAAAAAUAAAUAGCCUGUCCACUUCAGCCCAAGCUCUGCGUUUUGUAGCUUAUUAUCAAAAUAUCACGAGCAACUGUUUAAUUGUAUUGUUGCUAGUUCGCUCGCAAGUAGGUUGCCAACUUGUAAACAACAAUUGCGUGGGGAACGUUUAGCCAAUAGGAGAAGUCAUCGAUGUAGAACACUGCGACGUGAUUGGUCGGCUCGUAGAAGUGUAUUUUUAUUAUUUGCACCGCGCUAAACCAUCCUGUAGUGGACGUGGAUAGUGAAAGAGAAUUCACCACUGCACAGUAACCUCUGGCUGCUGUUUUAGGAGAUUAUCGCAGUGAAUUUAGGUCACAGACCUGCAGACACCAGCCACUUAGUCUAGUUCUUUUAAUAUUUAACUCAUGUGACAGUUGCUUAAUCAGCAUGUUGCAGCAGGUUAAGAUCCAGGUGUGGACUGUGACUUUGAGCUCCACGUCAAUAGUCAGGUAGGCCACAGUCAGUCACUAUCCAGCUCCAGUCGCAUGAAAUCAACAUGGCUUCCAAAAAGUCAGACACAGGCAUGGCUCCAAAGAUCACAGGAGAGCUGCUCAGGCAGCUUCGCCAUGCCAUGAGGAAUUGUAAAUACUUCUCUGAGCCCAUUCAGGCUUACAUUGUCCCUUCUGGAGAUGCACACCAGAGCGAAUACAUUGCACCGUGUGACUGCAGACGUGAAUUUAUCUGUGGAUUUAAUGGCUCUGCAGGUACAGCCAUCAUCACAGAGCAGCAUGCUGCAAUGUGGACUGAUGGCCGAUAUUUCCUGCAAGCCACUCAGCAGAUGGACAACAACUGGACCCUUAUGAAGAUGGGACUGAAGGAGACACCCUCUCAGGAGGACUGGCUGAUCAGCGUCCUGCCAGAGAACUCCAAAGUAGGAGUAGAUCCUUGGAUCAUCGCUGCUGAUCAGUGGAAGAACAUAUCCAAGGCACUGACCAGUGCAGGCCACUCUCUGGUGGCAGUGCAGGAUAACCUGAUCGAUGCGGUCUGGAUAGACCGCCCAGAAAGACCCAGCACACAGCUCCGCACCUUGGGAUUGGAGUACACCGGUAUGUCCUGGCAAGACAAGAUCACAGCGCUGCGAGCGAAGAUGACCGAGAGGAAAACGACCUGGUUUGUUGCCACGGCGUUGGAUGAGAUUGCAUGGCUUUUCAACCUCCGUGGUGCCGACAUAGAGUACAACCCAGUUUUCUUUGCAUAUGCCAUCGUGGGGAUAAACACAAUAAGGCUUUUUGUGGACUUAAAGCGUCUUUCUGAUCCCGCACUGAGAGACCACCUGCAGCUGGACUCCCCCAGCAAGCCUGACCUAACCAUCCAAACGUUCCCGUACGAGUCGGUCUACACCGAGCUCCAGGCCAUCUGCGCGGCACACGGCCCGAAGGACAAAGUGUGGAUCUGUGACAAGGCCAGCUGUGCUCUCACACAGGUCAUCCCCAAGGCUCACAGGACUCCAAUUCCCUACACUCCACUCUGCCUCGCCAAGGCUGUGAAGAACUCAACUGAGAUUCAAGGCAUGAAAAUGGCCCAUAUCAAGGAUGCAGUGGCCCUUUGUGAACUCUUUGCUUGGUUGGAAAAGGAGAUUCCAAAAGGAACAGUGACUGAGAUCUCUGCUGCUGAUAAGGCGGAAGAAUUACGAAGUCAACAGAAAGAAUUUGUUGGCCUCAGUUUCCCCACAAUCUCCAGCGUUGGUCCAAACGGAGCAAUUAUACAUUACAGACCUCUGCCUGAAACCAACAGAACCCUCUCCAUGAAUGAAGUUUACCUGAUCGACUCUGGAGCUCAAUACGUUGAUGGGACCACUGAUGUUACACGCACCAUGCACUUUGGGACACCAUCUGCUUUUGAGAAGGAAUGCUUUACCUAUGUCCUGAAGGGACACAUAGCUGUCAGUGCUGCCGUUUUCCCCAACGGAACAAAAGGCCACCUGUUGGAUUCGUUUGCCCGUUCAGCUCUGUGGGAGUCAGGGCUGGACUACCUUCAUGGUACUGGCCAUGGUGUGGGCUGCUUCCUGAAUGUUCAUGAGGGGCCCUGCGGCAUCAGCUACAAGACCUUCGCCGACGAGCCUUUGGAGGCCGGCAUGAUCGUCAGUGACGAACCUGGGUACUAUGAAGACGGAUCUUUUGGCAUUCGUAUUGAAAAUGUGGUCCUUGUCAUACCAGCUAAGCCCAAAUACAACUACAGAAACAGAGGUAGCCUGACAUUUGAGCCCCUCACUCUGGUUCCUAUUCAAGUCAAGAUGAUGAAUACACAGCUACUCACUCAGAAAGAGCGCGACUGGGUGAACGAGUACCACAGGAAGUGCCGGGAGGUGGUUGGAGCAGAGCUGGAGAAGCAAGGCAGGAAGGAUGCACUGGAGUGGCUGAUCAGAGAGACCCAGCCAAUCGUCUGAGGGUUGACUCUUGUGCAGUGCAGUCCCUUAGCCCAGAAGUACUGUACGAUCAAUUGCUCUGCAGUGAUAAUCGUUUGUAAUUUUUUCAUCUUUCUCUGUAUCUCACACUCCGCUUCUUUUGUAAAGCACAUUGUAUCAGCAGUUUUAUUAAAGAUCAAUAAAAAAUCUUUA